CUGACUACAGCCGUUUCAGCCAAUCCAAGUGUUAUAAUGGCCUUUGAAGACACCCUUAAACAACUACGCGACUUCCUACGUCUCCCAACGCCUUCCCUCGAAGACUUGACCUUCCGGAUUUCCUCAACUCUUUCGACCUUACACAUACACCCCACAUCUUUACCGCCAUCUUCAAUCCCUUUGACAGACCUCAAAGCUUUGGCAAGAUACCUCCCAGCCGUGCAAAAUCUGCUACUUCAAGAUGUUCUGCCACAUUUUGUCUCUAUUCUCGAUGACCGAAACCAAGAGCUAGUGCGGGAACUGUUCGUCCCGCAGAAAAAAGUCGAAGGCUUAGAGAUUCGAAGGAACAUCGCCUUGGUCUCCUACUUCACCCUUCCUUCAUAUCUCAAUGCGCCAAAACAGAAUUAUCCCACUCUUCCGAAACCGAUGAGGUCAUUUUUCAUAUCUCUGCUUGAUACGUUAUCGACAGAGUUUGGGCUAGAUGACCUUUACUGUACUGUAUUUCCAAACAAAGAAGGGAUAACAAAGGAGGGCAAGGAUGGAGUGAAGAUCUUGCAAUGGGAAGAUGCUUUAAGGUCAAUCAUCGGCAUUCCGGCCAAGACGGGAAAUGCCAUUGGAAGAUGGGAGCUGGAAGAAGCAGUCAAGAUAGACGUCCCAGUCACUUUAUUAUCAAGACCCUAUUUUGAUAGAUUAGUAAGGCAUUUGGAAAAUCUCUUGUAUGAGAUGUCACAACGUCCAUCACCGGAUGUGACACCUUUGAGGCUAGUUAUCGAGAAGCUUUCCAACAUCGGUCUGCUCACUUCCCAAUCUCCUAAUACCUCCUCUAGAUCUCCAUCUUUAUUGUUCCCUCUAUUACCACCGCUGCUUUCACAUCUUCACCCACCAUCUUCUUCUCCUUCACUUCCUUAUCCACCCACUUUUCUACCAUCCGUGUUCCUCCCCUUGCCUUCGUCGAUUCUCUCGGCCUUUAUCAACGCCCUUACCACGCACUUAUCGUUCUAUUUAAUUGACCCCGCCAAUCCACUGCAACCACACAAACCGGAUGAGCGUGUCAAACGCGCUGUCCAGGUAUUCCAGUCAAUCAUUGGCAACGCCGAAGUCGGCAAUGAAGCUUGGCAAGCAGUAGUGCAAAGCGUAGUGGCAAAGAAAGGAAAGUCUCGUAUGAGACUAGGAGAGUGGAGAGAGCAAGCACGGAAUAGACUGAUCGUGGGUUGGAUCGCGCAAGGAGGAGAUGUGGCGGUAAAGGCUUUUAUCGAGAUCGUAGUAGACACUUGGACGGACCCAAAAUACGUCAAAUUUUCAAUGUUCUCUGAACAGUUUAGUUUAACACAUGUCUUACUUCUUUCGCUUUCAUUACUCCCGACAUACUCUCCUUGGUUAAUUCAACUCUCACACCGUUCUCGGUUUAUUCUUGCCUUCCAAUCGUAUCUGUCACAUCCUGAUCCUUCCAUACGACGGUUAGGAAUGGUGGUUGGUGAGAUUAUGAGUGAACUUACAAUACCGGAUACCGAGGUUGAUCAGUCGGAGAAAAAGAAGCAAGAGGACGAAAUUGAGGAACUGCGGAAAGGGCUAGAGGUUGACGAAGACAACGAGGACACGAAGCCCAAGACGACAGCCACUAGAAGCGGAAGUGUGCGACUCAAGUUCAAAGGUAUGUGGGACGGGAAUGGCGACGGGAGAGAGGAGAGUAGAUGGUUAAGAGGCAAUGUCGGAAUCAAGGAUGCGAAUGCUUUAACCGGCGACGAUGACGAACAAUGGUUGCUUGGCUGGAAAGAUAUUCCAUCCUCUCCCACAGUCGAGCCACAACCAGUGCCUGAAUCUUCGCUAGGUCGCCGGGCUACUAGACCUGCCAAUACCAAACCAGCUUCACCCAAACCACGAGAGAAGAAACCCAAGGUCGUAAUGCUUGAUCCCGACCAACAGGACGAUCCUCUCAGUGGCUACGCCUCUUCAUCUCCCUCUUCUUCGCGAGCCCCAUCGCCCACCCCGGAGUACCUCGACGAAAUUGCUGCCGACCCGUCCCUAGGAUUGGACGAAGCCAACAAGAAAAAGGUUACGAGGCCUGUAUACAUACCGCAGCUGGUGGCACUAUUGAAGGAGAGGGAUAAGCCAGAAAAUGUGGAGAUGGGUCUGAGUUGGGGCGAAGGUCUUGUCCGUGCAAAGAGAGAGUUUGGCACUGAGCUUGCCGAGAAUGCAGUUGGUGUCACUCUGAUGGUUUUGGGGCUAAACGACAGUUUUGAUAUAGAAAAUUUUGAAGAAAAGAAGCAAGGGUUGUUAAAUGCAUUGGUCGCUUGUGCUCCCAAACAGGUGGCACCAUUCCUCUGUGAGCAAUAUUUUAACUCUCAAUUCUCAUUACAACACAAGGCUUCUAUUCUCACGGCCCUCGCUAUGGGGGCGCGAGAACUCGCGGGUCUCUCUGUCCCUCAAACACCUCGUACAACUCGAUCCAUCGACUUUCCUUCCAAGACACUUCCUCCAACGCUACAUAGCAAAUACAUUAGCAGCGCAGAUGUCCCUUCAAACCCGUUAUUGGGCUAUGGCCCCGACGACCAACUUGACCAAGCCAUUGACGGGGUACGGAAUCUUAUUCUGUCAAAAGGUGCCAGCAAAGGUGAAGAAACCGUGCCAGAGUUGGCUCGUGAAAAGCGCCUACGGGUGGGCGAAAUCAGGCGGCCAAAGGUUGCACCUGUCAACUCUCUCGCAUCCUCGCAAAUGGGCCAACUUGCUCGACCUCCUCCUGUGGUAGCUUUCAAAGACAUUGCAGCCGAGAUCUUCAUCCUCCCCCUCAUCAACCGAUUUUGGCAACAUUUUCAGGAUUCUUCCAUUCGUGAAGAGAGAGCAGUAAUGCUGGGUGCUCGCUAUAGAGCUGCUGGGGCGGGUUUGGUUCUUUUCCCUAUGGCUAUGGAGAAAUUCAUGAUGGCGUUGGCAUUGAUGUUAGACGCUGCAAGGUACUCACCAUUAUGGCUGAGUGUCAUUUGCCCAGAAGCACUUGAGCUUGCAAUGACAAUAGGAAUCAGGCAUCCACCAAGGCCCUUGUUGAGUGGAGAAGAGGGUAUAGAUCCUUCUCGUGCCGAGGCCCAAGUCCUUUCUGCUGCCCUGGAACUCACGUUGGUCUGUCUAGACGUCUCUGUUGACCUGGACGGAGGUAGGACUUUGGCAAUGGACAAGUCUGCGCUAGUGAUGGCCGUAGGAGAGUGGGCAAGUGGGGUAUUCAAGGUAGAAAGCGAGGGUGGUGAGGUCAGUGUAGGUCAAGGAGGAAGAAUUGAAGGAAAGAUCAAAGCCGAAGCGGCUGGGGUAGUGGUGAAAGUCGGAGAGAUCGGUGAAAAAUGGGGGCGCAUGGGAAUGGAUAUGGGCUUCUGAGAGAAGCGAAGGGGAAAAUGCAGAUUUGUUGUAUAUCACUAAUAUCAAGCAUACGUGAUACCUCUCAAGGAUCUAUCAAUUCAUGUAGCGCCUAUAUGGGUGUCUGGCGAAUGUCAGUACUUCCUUAAUUUCCUCUUCGGCCUUCCAACGGGGUCAAUGCCAU